CUCUUCCUGAGUUGAGCUGUUGACUGUAUGGAUGUUUUCUCUGCUCUCACCGCUGUGCUGAGCUAUGAAGUAGACUUGCACUAAAAUUCUUUUUUUUAUUUUUAGAUGCUUUAGACACGUAUAAAGAUGAGUGACCGAGACAGCAGCCUCUCUGCCUCUCAAACAGAGGGAGAAUUCGAGGGAGAGAUGGAUGAAGAGCUUGAGGGAGACACGGAGAUGGAAGAAGAGAAAAAUGAGAAUGGGAGAGGCAGUCCGGCCCCCAGUCUCUCCAACAUCUCCUCCACUCUGCGCGCCGUUAUACGUAUCAAACAGAAGUACCAAGCGAUGAAGAAACGACGUCAAGAGAUGGCCCUGGGGGGCCAGUGUCCCCUCAUGGGCGCCCCAGGACGAACCAGCCCCAAAAUCUUCACCUUUGAUGGAAUCACCCCCACUGCCUUCUCCUCUCCAUCAUCCAGCAUCCCACAGAAGAAGAAGAGGAGAAAGAAGAAACGGGUGUUGUUUCCCGAAGGAGGGAGACGAAGGGCUGCACCAAAGCAGGACCGCAGCCGAGCCAAAUAUUGCCUGUAUCUGCUCUUUGCCAUCGUCUUUCUCCAGGUCUACAACGCCAUAGAGAACCUGGAUGACCACGUUCUUAGAUAUGACCUGGAGGGAUUAGAGAAGACACUGAGGAGGGAAGUGUUUGGGCAGCAGGGAGCUGUGGAGAGCCUGCUGUCCCACCUGAAAGACUACCUGUCUACCUACGUCCACAACAAGCCUCUGGUGGUAUCCCUGCACGGCCCGACCGGGGUAGGUAAGAGCCACCUGGGACGCCUACUGGCCGGACAUUUCCGCUCCGUGGUGGGUGACACGCUUGUGCUGCAGUACUAUGUGCUCCACCACUGCCCCCAGGAGGCGAACGCCCUGCAGUGUGCCAGUGACCUCUCAGCUCUGAUCUCGGAGAUGGUGGAACGAGCUGAGGAGGAGGAGAAAAUUCCGCUCUUCAUCUUCGACGAAGCAGAGCACAUGCACCACGAGAUCCUAGACACGCUGUUGCAGCUCGUGUCCUCCAACCAGUCCAAUGAAUACCUGAAUGCUAUUUACCUGUUUCUAAGCAACCUGGGUCAUGCACACAUCACCAAACAUAUGCUGCACAACUCUUCGAGUAUUUCCAUGGCGAUGACAGCAUCAGGUCGUCAUAGCAAUCUGGUAAAAGAGCUGACUCCCAUUUUACGUAGCAUGCUGGAAGAGCUUCACCCGCUUUGGACAGAGGCUGAUAUCUUACCUCUCAGUCUUUUGGAGAAAGGUCACGUAAUGGAGUGCUUCCUGGACGAAAUUACUCGAGAGGGAUUCUACCCGGAUCAUGCUAACAUAGAGCGGCUUGCGGGGGAGAUUGAAUACUACCCUGCAGUAGGGGGGCACGAAUAUUCCCAGACAGGCUGCAAGCAAGUGGUGGCUAAAGUCAACCUGCUGUGACAUGCUCUUGUUUGCAUUCUUUUAAACAUGAAGAAAAGGGAGUGAAUUUACAAUUAUGAAACUUGAAUAACACAAUUCAAAGCCAACGCUUUUAAGAGUGGUUUUGUAAGAAUGUAAUAAAAAAAAAAUUCACACACAAAAAGGUGGGGAUAUUAAACUUUGUUGGGGAAAACAAGGAAUAAAUUUGGUGAACACUAAAAAUGCGGCAGGCAGUCCCUGAAGGGUGGGUUCACCCAGUGUACAUUAAUAAAAGAUUAUUUAAGUUCCCUGUUGUUGUAUCUCCCAAAUACCUCUGAAUAGCUGCAUAGAAAAAGGAGAACACCUAAACUGAUUUUUUUUAAACCUAGACAUCAGUACAGUGCUGGUUCACAGAGGAUAUUUCAGUAACUCCAGUUCACCUAGCACUACCAGUAAGUAACAUGUAACUGUCUAAUUAAACCAAUCCAAACACUUAAUGAACUGGCACAAAGGUAUGUUCAGACAUUCAGACACUGCUAAGAGUUUCUGGUUUGACCACCUUGACAUUUGGAGCAGACACAAAAGAAUCUGGGAGGAUAAAUCCCACUGACUGUUCUUCUGUAUACAUAAAUCAGGCCUGGGCUGUGGUCGAAACCCCCAGUUAUUGGACUGUGCUUUAAAUCAGGCUCUAGGUGCUGUCCCUUGCCUACAGAUUGAGUAUCAGUCAGUGUCUGUUACACUCAUGGUGAAUUCUUUUAAUUGAUUUUUAUAUGUGGGGCAUUAUAAAAGCAGCUCUAUCUAUCUAGUCAUGAAUGCUAAUAAAGAAAAACAAGUGAAGGAUAUACAUCUUACUAAUGGUCUUUUGUGGUAUUGAGAAAUCUCUUGGAUAAGGAUAAUAACAUGCACUGGAGCUGUGUAAAAUUAAUAUUCACUCAUUUAUGAAGGAGGAAGUUCAUAAUGCAAACGUUACUAAUACCUAUUACAGGAUGUUCACAGGAUGUGUGACAGAUAAUGCAAGACAGUGCAAGAGCACAUGGUAGCAAGGUGUCUUUGAAGGCAAUCAAUAUAUUUGAAGUCUGGUCUCUGGUAGGGUCAUCCAAACAAAGACAGCACAGAUGGGCAUCACCAUAUAUGUUAAAUUGGACCCAUUAUAUUUUUCCUUAUUUUCUUUUAUAUAUUAAUAUUUUAUUUAUUUUCAUUAUUUUUAUUUUACUUAUACUAUAUAUAAAUUCUCUAUAUAUAAUACACACCCACAGUUACAUUGGAGGAUGAUCAUACUAAAUGUAUUUGCAUAAAAUGACAUCAAUGUAGUGCUCUAAAUGCUCUUUCUGUUUUUUUCCUGCUCUUCUUACUUCUGAUGUUAAUUAGAAUUGGUAUGGGUUCCUUUUUAAGGAAGGAAGACAACUUUGAAUGGGAAGGAGCUAAAAACCUCUUGUUCCAGACAGUGGAAGAAUUGAGGGGCUCCACCAAAGCCCAGCACAAGUAAACUGUGAAUCAUGUAAAGGUACUUUAUUAAAGUACAAGAACUUGCUAGUACCUGGGUGGAAAUGACCAUAUUGUUUAAGGUAUCGUUCAGUCCAAUUGAUAUCAACUUUAUGUGCAGAAUUCACCACUUUAAACACCAACACUAUUCUUCUUGAUGCAAGUGCAACUUUAAAAGAAUGUUUUUAUACUUUAAGAAAUCUGUUUUCUUCUCAACAGACAUGGCACAAAGGAUAGCACAUAACAUUUGUUAUGAAGCUAGUGGCACAAACUAGCUAGCUCAGUUUAGCAAUAAGGCCUGGCCUGACAACUGUUACAAGCUUCUCUAUUUGGGUAUGUAAUGGCAAAGAAAAUGACUGCUACAUUUCAGUUAGAUCCAAUCUUCACUUGUUAUUUAGAUCUUUAAAAUCCCAAGAUAGUAAAAGUCAACAUGCUCAGCUACAGCUACAGAAGCCUGGGCACCACUGCACUGUAAGAGCAAUGUAAUACUAAAUACUGAAGGCAUUAAUUGAGACAAAUAAUUAAAUUCAUUAAUAGGUGCUGUUUUCCCAUUUUUUUAUUAUUAGAGUUCUCUUGAGGUACUGUGUCUAUGUGACAAAGAAAAAGAAAGUCUCAUAAUAAUAAUAAUAAUAAUGACAACAUAAGAUGAAAAAGAAACACAUUCUGAUGCAGGAUUUCCAACCAAAGUAACAGGACAGAUGUGGGGACACAACACUCCUCAAGCGUUUCAACUGGAAUUACUUGGAGGACAAGCACCUGUACUUUAGUAUACAGAGCUUAAGAGUGGAGAUAGUUUUGAAGACGCGAUCACUGACAGCAACGAGUGAGGUCCCCGAGCAACAAGAGGAAACAGCUGGCAGUCAAGUUAAGAUGCCUGGUGCCUCUGAGAUACAGAAGCAAAAUAGCCUCACUUUCAUUGUGACCGCUGAGCUGAGACAGAUAGAUGAAAACAACACUGCAGAAAUGUAAAAAAAACAAACAAAAAAAAAAAAAACCCAAAGAGCUACCAGAAGAUUCCAUUAUGUUGAUUUCACCUACCAAAAACAGAAGUCACAAAGGGCUAAAAGAGCAUUUUGAGACAUGUGCAAGAAUAGAUCUAACAUCUUUCAUGUCGUCAUUCCAGAAAUCGGUCUUCCACCACUACUUCAAUAUUUAAUGAUAUGUGUUGUAUGAAAACAAUGACAUGGAUUAAAUAGUCCUUGGAUUGCAGCAAAAAAAGCCAAAACCGUUCAAAUGGAUACAAAAAUAAAGAGACGAGAGACACUCUACACCUUUUUUAACCAAGCAAAUAAGCUUUAAGCUCUGCAUCCAACCCUUCAUUUGACAUGCUUUUAGGAAUGCAGUAAUAACUCAGUACUGAAGCUUUAAAUGAGCUACACCAACAACUACUUCAUUCAAGACCUACAGGGAAAUAAAUAGUUAUUUCAAACGCCAUAAAAACAAUUCUCCACAACUAUGCACCGCCAGUUUCAGGAUCAGCCUCACAACUUUUUAAGCAUAAUGCUAAGACUUGACUAUUACUGUCAGAAAUGCUCAUCAGAAGUAUGAACAAGGGAGGGGUGUGUGAGGGAGAGUCCAGAGACAAGAGAAGGAGACAAGUUAUCGUGAUAGGAGGGUGCCGAAAACUAAGUGCUGAAGUGGGCUUCUUCUUCUUUAUUGGUAGGUUUUGUGUUUACGCCUCAACCUCGAAGCCCAUGCCGACUUUGUGUCCGCCGGCGUUGAAGUUCUUGCCAUCAAUGAGAGCUGAGAGGGUGACCUUAACACCUGCACAGACACAGUCAUAACGUUGUAGAUACACUUUCAAUUUUAGACCUGUUCAAAAAAGUUGACAUGGGGGCACGAGUAUCAGUGCGUCUAUCCUAUCCUAACUAUCCUGUAUAAGUGUGUGGUGUAAAUUUGAAAGCACAUGGUUUGCCCCUUCUUGCCUGAUCAAGAUAUUAACUCCUGAAUUUCUUAGUCAAGGUUGCCCUCACAAGCUUCAAAUUUUUGAUCGACUGAAACGGGUUAAAAUAAAAACAUUUUGUACAACCAAAAAAGUUGUUUUGCUGUGUAACAUGUAAA